ACAUAAAACUCGCCACACAGAUAUCAGAAACUGAACAAAAUAAGUAAAAACAAGCUCAAUAUAAAAAAUUAGAGCACCUACCUGGCAGGGUGUACUGCGACAUGUUCCCACUGUUUAGUGUAUAUGUGCGUGUUUGUCAGUGUGAGCGCUGUUCAUGUAAGCUGCUCCAUCGUCAGUGCGCAGUGAGACCUGAAGCCUUCAGCCAACAGCUUCAUCUAGUGACUGAGCUUUUAUUUCAGUCUGUGUGAGUGUGCGUUAGAGGGAGAGUCACAGUCGGCUGCUCUCUUGCACAGCUCAGCUCAGAACCACUGCUGCAGCUGCUGCUGCUCACUGUCCUUUUAUUAAGGUUGCAGGCAGUGAGACAAUUAGGGGGGAAUUUUUCUCCAUACAGUAAGGUUUUUGAAAUAACCAAUAAUAGUGUCGAAAUAGUGCCAUCAGAAGUCCUCAUUUAGUGAGCUGUGUUUUUGAAUAAACAGGAGUUUAGUCAUUAACUGAAAAACAACUGUUUUUGCAUGAUCAGAAUUUCAAAAAAGCAACAACCCUGCCUACUGCGACAGUCUGAAUUCACUAAAACAAUGGGGUAAGUCACCAACUGUGCACUGCUCAGCACUGCUGACAGAUCUUGCUGGCAGUGACAGUCCCAUGCAGUAAAAUGACUUGGCACUGAGCACCACUUUCUCCACCUGAGCCUGAAUCUAGUGAACCUGAUGGAAGUGCAUUUGUGAAGACUGGCAUGAUAGUCCCUUUAAGUUUUGGUGUAUUUUAAUUUUGUGACACUGAACCAAGAUGUAACAGAUCCUCUCUGUUUAAAUGGGUCUGGCAUAACAGGAACUUUUGUUUCAGCAUCUUGCACAGCACUGUUUGUUCUGUGUUUGUUGUGUGCUGCCUGAGCAGAGGCCCACCUGUUUGGUUUCUGAGGGACUGUCCCAUUAUAUACACUUCAUCACACUUGCAAGAUUGGCAUGCGCUGGGAGAUUCAUGACUGCUUAUGUACAAGCUGCCAAGUUUUUCAAAAUUAAAGUCAACAUGUUGGCACAGACAGAAUGGUACUAGUGCUUGAUGAAAACUGCAUUCUGUGGCAAAAAACAUCUCAAUCAUCCGCAGUGAGAUGUCCCAAUACAGAGAGCGGGACAUCCCAGAGUGGGACGAUGUGACACGCCACAUUUUUCCCACAAAACACUGAGGCUUUUCUUAACAAAACACCCCUUGAACUGCAUGUCAGAGCCAAGAUCACCCCCCUAAAGUAUUUGUUUUGUUUAAACUUUUAGCUUUCAGUCGUGAAAUAAAUGUCUUUCUUCCUUUGUGAAUAAAUUAUACAAUACAUUUCCUGCUCCUCUUUAAGCUUCACAUUUGUGGGGUGUCACAACAUGUAAUGUAUGGGUAGGGCAUUUUAUGACUUCAAAGUUUAUGUAGACUUCACUGUCUGAUCACAUAAAAAUGUUUUUUUAGCUAUGGCAAAGUAUUAACAUCAAACUAAGAAACAAAUUGAACCACCACGGGGACUAAGAGAACUGCUGAGUGUUGGCAAAGAUAAGCAAAAGAAGAGAACUAACACUUAGAUUAUUAUAACCAUUCAUUUUAAUACUCUGUUUUCUCAAUCAAUAACUUAUUUGUUAAGUCUAUGAAAUGUCAGAAAAUGGUAAAAAUUUCUUAUUAAUGUUUUUCUAAGGCAAAUAUCAUUGUCUUAAAUGUCUAGCUUCCACAACUACAGCUACUUUAUUUACAGGCUGUCUGAGUAGUCAAUGGUAAUUGGAUUAGGUGAUGACUUGAUUAUUUGUUGCACCUCUGGGAGUUAUUUCUCUGAGAUACCUGGACCUGAUAAGACCUUGAAAUUUUUGCUAAUGACAGUGAAAUGGAGAAAGUGUUGGUAAUGUGGUCUGCAGUCACCUGAAAGAAGAUGAACAGGUCCAAAAGAGGGAUCAUAAAGCGCUUGGGUGAACUCCAUGCAGUCUGUGAUGAUUCUGAAUCUGAAUGUAUGAAGAGAAAGGUUUCAGAUGAAGAGGCUCUUGGUACACUAGUGUUAAAGAUGAACACUGCCACCUAGUGUACAGGAUGCACAGCACAGUCAGACUGGGUGCUAAGGUCUAAUGUUGACUUUUCUUCAACAUCCACUAUUCAGUAGGGCAGGUUUCUUUCAUGCCCAAAUUUGAAGUGAAAAACACCCUGGUGAACCUUUGUUAGAUCUUCUAUCUGCAGCACCUCUUUUAUAGAUUCACAGAUGCCAAAAUUACAAGUCCAAGUCUUACAUGAGGUCUAUGUCUGCCUGAGAUUCCUACUGUAGUUCUGCAGAUGGGUCCCCUUCAGAUACCUCACCCGUGUUUUCCUCAUUAGAGGAUGAUUUUAUGUGCAUACGGGUCAAAGCAAUGGAGCUGGUUGUCAAUUUUCCAAUCAUUUCUGUCCAAGUCCCACAUCAACCAUUCUGGGGCAUAACUGGGCAGCCAAAAGAUUAAAGGGGACCUGCCACCAAAAUUUCAUACCCAUUUUUAUCAUUUUUUCAUAAUCCUUGUAUAUAUAUAUAUAUAUAUAGAUGUUGUUGAUAAAUGGCUUUCGCUUUGUAUAGUAGAGUUUUAACUUGCACUUACAGAUGUAGCGACAAACUGUAUUUACUGACAGUGGUUUCCUGAAUUGUUCCUGAGCCCUGUGGUGAUAUCCUUUACACAUUGAUGUUGGUUUUUGAUACAGUGCUGCCUCAGGGAUCGAAGGUCACAGGCAUUCAGUGUUGGUUGGCGGCCGUGCCGCUUACAUGCAGUGAUUUCUCCAGAUUCUCUGAACCUUUUGAUGAUAUUCUGGACCAUAGGUGUUGAAAUCCCUAAAUUCCUUGCAAUUGUACUUUGAGAAACGUUGUUCUUAAACUGUUCCACUAUUUGCUCAUGCAACUGUUCACAAAGUGGUGAACCUUGCCCCAUCCUUGCUUGUGUAUGACUGAGAAUUUUUGGGGAAGCUGCUUUUAUACCCAAUCAUGGCACCCACCUGUUCCCAAUUAGCCUGCUCACCUGUGGGAUGUUCCAAAUAGGUGUUUGAUUAGCAUUCCUCAAAUUUCUCAGUAUUUUUUGCCACCUUUCCCAACUACUUUGGCACGUGUUGCUGCCAUCAAAUUCUAAAGUUAAUUAUUAUUUGCAAAAAAUAAAAUAAAGUUUAUGAGAUUGAACAUUAAAUAUCUUGUCUUUGUAGUGUAUUCAAUUGAAUAUAGGUUGAAAAGCAUUUGCAAAUCGUUGUAUUCUGUUUUUAUUUAGGGUUAUCGCAAUUUCCCAACUUCAAUGGAAUUGGACUUUGUUCUUACAAUUGUUUGUAUAGAAUCAUGAUAGAGUAGACUGUAGUCAUGCACCUGAACGCACCUUGAUCGGUUAGGCGUUUUCCAUUGGACUGUACCAAGCAAGCCAACAAUUUGGAAGAAGAGGGGGUAGGCCCGGGGAUAUACACGUUUCUUUGUUUGUAUUUGAUUUCCAACCUAAUUAAAUAACAUUACUCUAAAUUAUACACGCCGUUUAAGAAUUAUGUAAAUGUUGAAAUGCGAUUAACAUCGAGUUUGCCAACAGUUUUUGAGGAUUAUCGUCGCAGACUGUUAACCAAAUCCCUUCCUGGAGGAAAAUGGGCUGUCCAGGAAGCAUAUUAAACAAAAAACUUGAACCAUGCCUGAAGGAUUGUUGACUUUAAUCCGCACAGACCGCAUGUGAGUUGGUGACGAGGUUUUGAGUCGGCGGUUUGGCACAAUCUGGACUGUGAGCGAUGCGGGAUUACCGGGAUCAAGGAUAUGGAUUUUUGAUUGGAUUCCAGUUUAAAGAAACAAGAGAAGAAGGAUAGAUGUCCUGAUGCUGUCAAUCAAGGUGAUACAUGAAAGCAAUGAGGAGAGAUCUGAAGUAAGUAGCGCACUGAGGUUUAGGAUGGGACAUGAGGCAUGAUCUCCAUGUCUGAUUGUGUGGACAGAUGCACUUGGGAAGACGCUGUGGAGCAUUGACAUGAUUCUGGUGCAGAGAUGGUAGUAUGCCUGUGCACAAAGACUUAUAGUAAGCUCCGCAGUUGGGUAAAAAAACUGGGGGAAAAGUGCAGAUUCCUACAAAAUGAUAUCGAAGUGCGUAAAAUAAUGUCCUCAAAAUACUAACAUUAAGUGUCAAUUCUCUGUCUAAAAACGUAACAAGGAAUGAUGGGCUUGCCUCAUCUUACAACAGACAGCUUCCUCUGACUGAGGAAUUCAGAUUUUUACACAUCCUUUAUGCAGUCAAGAAACAGACACCCCCACCCACUAACAUCAUCUCCCAAGUGGAAUGACAUUACAACAGUAUCCAAAUAGGGUACAGGUUGCAGCUGUGGGCUGCUGGCAGAACAAAGACAGCUUAGUUCAUCAUCAGGUUCCUGCUUAUCAGUUCAAUGUCACACUGUUGAGAAAACAACCUGUGAGUGAAAUUAUAGCAUUCAUGUAGUUGCAUGGCUUCAGUGGAAAAGUAUCAGUCCCAACUCCAAGGCCAUACUUCUCCUUUCAAAUGCUCAUUAAAAAGAAACCAAUAUGACUCUGCAAGCAUUCACACCAAGUGAGUUUCAGUAAAUGAUGAAUAACAUACUUAUAUAAUGAUAAAAUACACAUGUGAUUGCAUACAUAUACAUUUUUUUCUUUUGAUAAUAGUAAUUACAAAAAUAUAAUAAUACAGAAAAUUUUUGAAAUGUUAAGUUGAAAAGGGCAACUCAAAGUCAUUCAACAACUUUUGCAAAUUUUCGGACUGUUAUCAGUUUGGGUUUCUUCCCCCACGAAACUUUAAUAUAGUUAACCAAACUCUAUUUGUCUCAAGGAGUGUGGGUGUCUUCUUGCUCUGUGAAAUUCUGCACACAACUUUUUGUGAAGCAGUGAUUCCUUUGGUUUCUCAGAUGCAGCUUUGCUUAAUAAUGAUGUGCUGGUAAAAGUGACAUUUUUCGUCUGCGUCCGGCAGUGCGCGCUCUCGUCCACUGGAAGCGUGUUUGGAGCAGAGCGCAGCCGCUGUUGUUACCUGUAGCAGCUGGAGUCAAUGUACAGAGAGCAACGUACUCACAACAGGUAGCUUUGGCCUUUGGUGGUCGAUUUCCUCUUAAUAUGAUUAUUAUUCCAUGACUGUUGUGCUUCUACUGUUUGUGAACCGGAAAAGUUUCGAUUUGGCAGGUUUACUCGUGGUUAGUAAAGUAAACUCUGUUCAACUUCGGCGUGUGUCAGGGAUAAGCCAGGAAGCUGUUCUAUGCUCACAAUGAAUACAUAACCAAGUUGAGAAUCAGCAUAUGGUGUUCUGUAGCGGAAUUUAGGCUAUCAGAUGAAAUGCCUCUCCUGUGCUGUACAAUGAUGAUCAUCUCUGUUCAGAUUGACGCGUAGUUUUGGGAACCUACUCCGCAUGGGAUGGAGCUGAGGCGCGCUACGAGGCUCCUGUGCAACAUUGAUAGAGUAGUUACAUGAGUAUUUAAAUUGCUUAACAAGCCACAGCCUCAACAAAGCCAAUUGGCCAGCCCCAGCAUCGAGGGGAGAUAUGCCUCCGCCUCCGGUAUAGAGAGGAGAGUGUUCACCUCGGAAGUUUCAGACUCUCCUAUUACAGAUGUGGACAUGUUUCAGUCACUAACGUUUUGGUUAUUAUUCCCAUGCCUCUUUGAGUUAAAUGAGGCAAAUACACACCAACCAAGGAUGGUAUUCUCAGAGAAAGGUAUGACAUAUUUUGUAUUUUCUUGAACUGUUGGCUGGAGGUCACUGAAAAGUUUUGACAGGCAGUAAUGAAGUUUGAGUUUUUGAAACAUGAGAGGGUCUUAAAGGGUAAGUUAUCAACUGGUAACUUGUGUGAAGCUGUGUAAAAACAGAGCAUUAUUAGCCCUAAGAUGUAAACGGUUCAUUCAGUUCCCUUACAGAUACUGUACUUAUGAUAGAGUCAUGUGGAAAAGACAACACUUUUUUUCUCUCUGACAAAUAUGUGGGGAUGAACUAGCAGCAGACUAGAUACCUGGGGCUCAGGACAUGUAGAUGUUUCACCGCACCAAACUCAGCUGUGGUAUAGCUUAUGGCUGAAUGAAUGCAGUGCACAGUAUUUUUUGUGGUUGUUAGUAUCAUCAGCUGUUCUAGUUUCUACUAGUUGACAUUUCCGUGUGAAGCCUGUCUCUAUAAAAAAUGUAACACGUAAUGAACAUAGUUAUAAUGGAUUAUAAUGUGACUUUGGUGUAUAAUCAUCUAUAUAAGCACUUGUGGUCAACAAGAAUGCUUUACAUGAUUAUCAUAAUUCCUUAUUAUGCUCGUGUUUAGGAGGAAUUUGAAAAUAUAAUGCAUUAUAUUGUGUAUAUAGUGAUUAGCUUUCAUAACGUAAAUCAUUUUAGGAUGGCUUAUUUGGUAGGGUGUUUUAACGUAUCUGCUUUGUAUUGUCAAAGGUCAGAGUGUAUUAACAUUUUCAUCUUCGAAAUAUUUCACAAUCAUUCUAUAACAUUUUAAACACAGAUAUGGGUGUAUUAUAAUAUGUCUAUAAGUCAGUGUAAAUGGUCAUUAGAUCCAAAAAUUAGUUUGAAUGUAUUAAAUUUCUCAGCAUUUGUUUGCUUGGUAACAAUUUAGUCAACGCCUAUCUCUACAACACAUUAUGAAUAUAUUUAUAAUCAUGUUAUAGCACUGUAUAACUAUAGUUAUUAACACUCAUAAAUAAUAAUGCUUUAUAGCAAUAAUUAUAAAACAUUAUAAAGCAUUUUAUCAUGACUUACAAGGUCAGGUAUUAUAAUGUGUUAUGCUUAUUGUUAUAAAUCCUUAUGGUAAUUAAUGAGUGUUUAUAAUGAUAGUUAUACAAGUUUAUAAGCUUAUUUUAACACAUAAAUAUAUGUAUAAUGCAUUAUCAAGGUGGGCAUUGUCAUUGAGUUGUUAACAGUUAUAACACAGAGUAAUACUUGACCUUGUAAGUCAUGAUAAAAUGCUGUAUAAUGUGUUUUGCUUUUUAUUAUGAAGUCCUAUGAUAUUAUGUGUUAUGAUUGUUACUUUAAAGCAUUAUGAUCAUUUAAGUGUUUAUAACUAUAGUUAUACAGCACUAUAACGUGAUUAUGAUGCAUUAUACAUGUAUUUAUAAGGUGAGAUAGGCGUCUGUUACCGUUUGCUCGUCUUUCAUUGAUUUAAAGAUAUUCUUUUUUAACUCUUCUUGGAGGAAACAAUAUUAUGAUUUAUAAUCAACCAUAACUACAUUGCUUUUGCUUAUACCUGGGAUUUUGCAAUGUAAACCACCCAAUACACUGGGUAAACACUUAUAUGUGCUUAUUGCUAUACACACACACACUCUGCUGUCUUUAGUUGAUAUAGUGUCUGUGAAGCGUUUCCUCUUGGACACAGAUACCAUGAUGGAAAUAAACACUCAGCUCUUUCUCACACUCAAGCUUCACACUCAGCAUAUUUUAAAUUAUGCUGAUUAAUACUCAGUUAGGCAGCGGUCACAUUGAACCUCAAGUUCUAACUUUCAGUAGCUCACUGGGCAGCUUCUAUGAGGUUGACACAAAUUAAAUCGAUAGAUUGGAUGGAGUAAAUUUCCAGAAACUUGUUGUGUCAUUGUAAAAUGAAGCAAUAUGAUGUGAUUAAAUUGCAUUGAUUGACAAGGAAGUGAGUAAAUCUUACUUCAGACAGGUGUGCCACAUCCUGUACAAAAGGAUGGACAGCUUUAGUGGGUUUGAGCACGUUUUAAACAUGAAUAAUGUAUGAACUCAUUCUGUGACCUGAUCUCACAUUCAUUGCUCACCGGAUAUUACAUCUUAUUGUGCCAAACUUGUACAAAACUUGUGCAUUCAAUUUAAAAUUUACAGACUUCAAAUGUUAAAUAUUUUUCUUCGUACAGCUUAAAUUUGUCUUUUUUUUUUAUACAGGAUUAUGGUUCCUAUGGUUGCUGUGUUUGUGAUCCCCACCCAGCUCUUAUCUUUUCAGCAUACUUCUCUAUUUUUAUCCCUCAUUCAGAUACUGAUAUAAUCACUAAAAUAUUACAGAUGAGAUGGCAAAUCAGUGAUAAUACGUGUGUUACAAAGUGAUAGAAAAGCAUAAAAACCCAACCAAGGUAUAUUCAAUUUAGUAACAAAACAGGAAGAUAAACAAAAUAAAAAAAGGAAGUACAUGAAACAGGUGGACAAAACAAUGUGACAAUGGUGCAAGAAAGUUUCCAGUAUAGAAAUAAAAGAAGAGAGUGAUGUGGCAGCCCCCUUAAGUUCAGGCCUUCUUUUAAUCUCUUGGUAUGAGAGAACAACAAAGAGGCUGUGAUCAGUGAUAAGAACAAGUCAUUUGUUGUGUAAAAAUUCCCAUGGUCUGAUUGAAACACGAUGCGCAUUGUAUGAGUGUUUAUGCUUGGCUUGACGCUUUCCCAAAGGGGGGGCCAAAAAUGCACAAGGUGUCACAGAGUAGUGCACCAACCAGUUUCUGUUUUGACUUCAAAAUACAAGACGACUAAUUUUAGACGAGCUAAGUGUCAAGCACAUAAAAGCAUCCAGGAUCUUCUCAUCACUGACAUCACUCCUGUCUGAGUUCAACAAGUGCACCAUUGUGUGGAUGUCAUGAACUGCAACAAAAGAAGGUUCAAAAAAGGGAGUUUUACUUAUAUCAUGAAAAAAAUGCUUUUGAAGAAUCUGUUUUAAGAUUAGUGAGAUCAUGAAAAUUUCUGGAAAGUUUCUGGAAUGUUUAAUGCAUAUGUAGAUAUAGCAAAGGAAAAGGAGAGAUUUUUUUGUCUUUUUAAAAUGUGCACAUGCAAACAAAGAAGUAGUCAAUUUAAGACUGAAUCGACCAAGAUAAAACCAAACUCAACACAGUUAAUCUUGUGGUGAACGUUCACUCAGCUUUUAUGAAAAUACAUUCAGUUAUGCAAAAGUUUUUCACUGAACAGCAAAUUACGACUUUAUGGUUGUCCUACAGGACCAUCAUUAAAGUCUAUGAAUUCAUCAUCAGACUUUAACAUGUCCACUGAAAUAAUAAUAACAAGCCCAGAAUUUAAGAGCUGCCAUAGCUACACCAUCCUGGGUCCUUGCAUAUCUGCAUCAGAUAUUAUGGAAAUCCAAACUGUAAAUGUUGAGACAUUUUACUGUAGGUCAAAGUUAUCAACCAGUCCAGCAGGUCAACAUUACCAUCCAAACAGUGACUUCACUUAUAAUGUAAGACUGGUGACUUUUUGAACUCAGCCAUCACACACCCUUUGUGCAUACCUUUGUUUUGUCUCUCAUUACAGACAUUGCAAUGAGGAGGAAACAUUUACCUGGAAACCAUGCACCUGUACAAAUCCUUCUGGGGGAAGAUCCAGAUACUGUCACGGUUGUUGGACGCAACAACCUGAUUCCACUCAGCUUUAAAAAUUCCCAGCAGGUAGUGAACAUUUAUCACAGAAAGGUAACCAUGUAUAAUCAGGUAACAGACAGUGGCACACUGAGUGACAGAUGCUGUGUGUCUUUUCGGAGUGCUGGCUUUCUCUCAAUAGCUUGAUAGCCAAUAAGUUGUUCUGCAGCAGCAACAUUUGAACUAAGUCACAACAUGUUCAUCCAUAUCAUUUUAUCUGCACAAGGUAACAAAUGCAGCAAUGGUAAAGAUCUAACUCACCGUCACUUGCCAUCAUUUGUCAUUGCUCACCAUUAUGUACGGGUAUUUUGCUUUUCUGGUAUCUGUCAUCAAACAGUCAGCUAAAAAAUAUUGCUUUCUGCAUUUAGGCAUUUUCUUUAUUUUAAUACUGCUGCGGUGAGAGACCAGACAUGCUAGAGUUGUUAUAAAAAAAAGCCAGAAGUGUUUAUGCUUGGGUUAUCAUACGUGGCGAGAGAGACUGUUAACGCUCACAAACAGCUGACAACUGUGUGCUCACAAGAUAAAGACUGAUUGCACAUGCUAAAAAGCCCGGACAAGGGAGAUAUAAGUUUGGAAAUAUGAUAUCUACUCUAGUUAGGUGAGAGACGUUGCUGGUCAUCCAUAUAUAACCAUAAAAAAUAUCAGAAGAAAAAAAAAACAAAGUGACUUUUUCUGCUUAUUCUGCAAACUGUCCGUACCAAACCUAUAAGUUUGGAAAAAUUUGUAGGAGGAACUGCAAAAAUAAAAUUGGAUUAACCCCAUCCCAAGGUGGCCCAAUGGGGCAGAACAUUUACCCACAAAUCUCUCCAAAAAUUUGAUUCUGAUCUCUUAAAGAAAAAGCCUGUGUUCUGUCUCUAUCAUCUGGCCUAAAGAAUCCAAUUUAGCACUGCAAUACCUCAUGAUAUCACCUCUACACUGAUCAAGUGAGACAUCAGUCACCAAACAUGUCUGUAAAGUUAAGGACAUAUCAGAGACUGAUAAAAAGAUUCCCCUCUUUAUUGUGGUGAUUUUUCUGUCUUUUCCCUUACAGGCUGUGCCAAGAAAGGUGUUAUGGCAAGAUUGCAGCAACCCUGAGGAUUUAAUGGUGAGUAGUAAGAGCAUAUGAUGGAUGAAUAUUUGGUGUGUAUGUCAGAUGUAAUAGAAAAUAUCGGUCUUGUCAUGUAGGAUUGCAACUAUACCAUCACUGUGGUGCACAAGAUGGAAGAGGCCAACCGGGUGUAUUUGUGUGGAUCCAACAGCAGGGAAACGCAUUGCUGUGACACGGUAGGACACUCCAGAGUUGCCUCACUUUUUGUCUGUUUUAAAACUUACCUAGCUUUUGUACAAGAGAGGUAAAACUUUGUCCUCAGGGGGCAAAAAAGAGUUCACACAAAGAGCUCCCUCCAGGAGUUUGAAGCUCAUGCUUUUUUCUUUUGUGACAUGUGACUCAUGAGAUUUUACAGUCGCUUGUAUGUGAGGCUCUAUUGUGUGGCUCCUGUUUUUGUUCAAUAAGGCACUAAAAUUUCUUCUUUUGGAGUAACAAAGUUUUGUCUUUCUGUCUCUGUAAUUGCUGAGACUGUUAAAAAAUUGUGUGUGAUGAAUUGUUGAAUCUCAUUUGUGCCACAGUGAAGAAGGAGCUCUUGAAGUCUGGUGUUUUUUUUCUUGUAGGAUUUAUCACAGCAGUCUCCCGUGUGCAGAGACUCUGACAAGAUUGCAAACAUUAGACACACCGGUAAUCUAAUUAUUAAGGAAGGCGAAUCAUCAGUGCUUGUUGGUGAGUUUUUUUUCUUUCCUCUUUUCAUGCGCUUGUAUCUUUGCUUUCAGAUUCAUCAGUUGCACUUAAUAGUUUUUUUUCUGUCCUUGUUUUGAUUUGACGUGUUUUGGGUGAAAAAAAGACAGGGUUUAAAAUCCUUGUGAGCUCCUGGUAGAGUCUAGAUUCUUAUUCGUCUGCAGAAGAUGUGAAGUAAGACUAACAAGGAGAAAAGUUCAUUAUGUGUAACAGGAGGCAUUGUUAGGAAAGGAGUCUUUGGCCUGAGCUGGAGUGUUGUAUGAAUUCAGUGAUUUGGGGAAAGACAGAAAAACGGGUCUGAAUGUUAACACUGUCUCUCUUCAUCGGCUGCACUCAUGCAGGACCAGGUGUCAGUAACACUGCUCUGUAAAUGUGUCAUAUAUAUUUAGAGGCUGUUUUAUCAUAUUUUUUAUUUCAAUUUCUGCUGAUUUUAUCUUUGCUUUUAAUGUUUGCUGUUAAUGACUUUUUUUAAAUGUCUUCCUACGUGAUGUUUUAAUGUCAUGUGUGAAGCACUUUGACCAUCUUUUUCUGAUGAAUUAGGCUCUAGAAUUAACGUUCACUAUUUUCAAAAUAGAUUGGUUUCCGUUUUCAUCCAGGAAACAUGUUUGCUGAAGUUUGACACUUCUCUAAGCUCCUUUUAACCUGCUUAACUCGGCUUGACACGCUUGUGAUUUUUAUCUUCUUCUUCUUCACCACCAGCGCUUGUCUAUUUUUUGCACUGGUGUUUCCUGCUUGAGCCUAGUAUUCCCUCUAGACUCUCCUCAAAGCCUGAACAGACACAUGAAGUCUUUCACUCAGGUUUCUGCCUAUCAGUAAGCUGCUUUUCAUGCCGUCACAAACUGGACAAACUGAAAUAUGAUCAGUAUGGCUGCCACAAAACCUUUUACGAGUUGUGUCCUUUGGUUGUGUUUUUGCAGAAUCAGAAAGAAAUUCAGACCUUUACGUUACAUAUUCUGGAUCGCAGCAAAAUGCUGGCAUCCACAAGUUUGGGAGCAACCCAGUGGGACCAGCAGACCACAACAAAGGUAUUUUUUAAAGGAGUAAUUUGGUUUAAGAUUUUAGAAGCCAUAAAUGUCACUUUCUUGCUUGUUAGAGCUGGUCUUUAAAGUUAUUGAAUUGCCUUUUACAUACCAGUGGAUGUUUGUUUAAUCCUCUUUUUUCUUCUUUUUAUGUAAGGCUCUUCAAUCUAACAACUCUUUUAAACAAAAUGUGUUAUACAGAUAAUGUUGCGUUAUGAUUUGAUCAUCUUUCCUUUGUCUGAAUGUGUCUGCUGAGAAGGUCAUUAGUCUUGUGACAAUAAAGACAAAUAUUGACUUCUGUCUCCUCUCUGUCUUAGAGCAGCACUAUGUAGGCUUAUUGAUCAGCAGACGCCAAGGAAACUCAUUACAGGACAAAGUGUUUGCAUUUUACAAAGAGAAAAACAGAGAUACUGGACUUACCAGUAGCAUGUGGAUCCCCUUUGUCACCCAGGUUUGCAUGGUAAGACCUGCAUGAUGAAGAAUGAGCUAGUUUGUACCAGUCAAGAAAAACUUAUAAUGCACACACAUAAUGGAGAAGUGGUUGAUAUCGUGGGUGUUUGUUUCUUCUAGGCUGACAUUGGUGGCCCCAAGAAACACUUGCAAUUCAGCUGGACAUCCCAGAUGAACGCCAAGCUCUUCUGUGGGGACCCAGACAAAAAACUGCAUUUCUCCGAGCUGGUGCACGUGGCAGCUGUGGAGGCAGAGCGCUGGCAGGACACCAGGGUUUAUGCUCUCUUCAGAAACGAAUGGUAGGUCAUCAUGGUUGGGAUGUAUGAAGUGGAGUGAGAGGGGUCAUCAAAAACCACUACUGCAGAAGUACUGCUAGGACAGUCUAAGACAGCCCUCUAUGGGAGAUAUUUGUAUGUACUGAAUAAUAAACUAGGGCUGGGAAAUGUGGCCUUAAAUCAAUAUCAUGAUAUAUUGAGCAGUUUACCUUGAUAACAAUAAAUGGACGAUAACUACUUCACAAGCUGCUCACCCCCUCCCACAUUAAUUUUGUCUACUUCAGCCACCGCUACAACUUUUGAACCGUCCUCUAUCUCCUAACCUGUCUUUCCCUCUUUGUUAUGGACUGGAUGGGGUGGAGUCACGUCUCUGAUGUAGGGACAUGAGACUAUAGUCUACCUACACACAUCCAAAACCAACUUUUAUUUAUAUUAACACUGAAUAUACUGAUAUGGGCAAAAUGAUGCUGUUUAUCGUCCUAAAUUUUGGUAUCAGUAAAUUUUCGGUUUAUCGCCCAGCCCUAUAAUAAACAUGAAAAAUUAUUAUGAAAUGAAAAGAGAAACCUGAUGUUUCUCAAAAGUUUCUGAAAUUAGGCUUGAAUUUUGUGUGGCUAAACUUAAGGUUUUUAUUAGAUUAUCCAUCCUGCAGUAAAGUUAUACUGAAAAACGAUUUGCAUCUUCCUGUUGAUCUGUUUUAUCAAAGUGUACCCAAUAAAAAGGAAGGUCUACAGUUAUUAUUUCUGGGAGCAUUUUACCUUUUAUCAAACAGCAGAAGAGAGACAGGUGUUGUUAGGAGUAGAGUGUGGGAUAGCGUGCAGAAAAGACUCAUGGUUCAGUGACUUCUGCAAUGAGGACUGACUCUGAUUCAGAUAUAUCAGACUGAAAGCUGAACUAUACUGAUGGUCACAUGAACAGUUCCUGUGUAGGAGAGAUAUCAACCAAAACCUGAUCAGCCUACGCACCAGACUUUAAAAAUGGUCUGAAUGGCAGAUUUAGCUUUUUCUCGAGUUUACCCGAAGUUGUUAAGGUUCAUCUCCUCACAGAACAUGAACUAACACUGUGAUCUUUGAUAUUUUAUUUACACUUUUGAAAUCUGCCCCAUAUUCCCAGAUUCUUGAAGCACUUUCCUGAUGUUGUUUGUCUUGGACACUUUGAGAUUAAAGUCUGACACAGUGGUUUAGAUUGCAGACCAGGCUGUUGUUGUUGUGUCUUAAAAUAAAACAGCAGAGUCACUUGUUGUGACUUCCACUUCAACCAAACCAAAGUGGCUCAAACCCUCAUGUGACGGGAAUGAUGACUCUUGGCCUGACAGAUGGGCAAACUUGUGAAACAGUCCUCCUCGUGCUUUGGAGAUUAGUGCUAAAAAACAAAGCUUAUUUGGACCUUUUUUAUGUCUGCUUCCUUUUUGCUUUUUGGGGCAAAGUUGGGAUCAGUUCCUCUUUUGACACACACAACCUGUCUGCACACAUGUCGUUUUUUUCCCUUUACCCAGUUUGGCCAAAGACCGCUGUGACCCCACAGCAGUUUCUUGUUGCCACAGAUGUCUCUUGAAAAAGAUUUGCUGACCUCUGUGUCUUUUUCUUUAGGGGCAUGAGUGCGGUUUGUGUCUACACGAUUAAAGACAUUGACAACAUCUUCUUAAAGUCUCCGUUCAAAGGCCCUGACAGCCAAGAAAAAAGAUCCAGAGAGGUACGUGUGUUUUUAAAGUGAUCACUGCUUGAAAAAGUAACAACCUUAUUAGCUGGAAAAAUGAGUCCUGGCACCACUGCUUUCUAAAAAAGCCUUCGAGCACAAAGGGAAGUUUCUAGCAACCAUUGUUUAAAGAAUUUCUUAGAUUUUUAUGUUUCUUUCAGAACUUUGCCUGGAAUUUUAGACAUCCCCCCACUUCUUGUUUCUGAGUGCCACUUUACAUGAAGUCGGGAUAUCUCCUUUAAAGUACUGGGACAAUAUUAAUGACUUAAUAGUUGUCAACAGCAUCAUGUGAACAGUCCGGAUGACUUUGCACGACAGAUUUACUGCUGGACUCUAAGAGGCCAUUCACCUUAAUGCACGGGGAUAUCAGAGAGAAGCCUGAAUUAUCUCAGCAGCCUGAGGUAACUCAGACUUCAUCUUUCUGUAAACUAAUGUAACUUUAGGAGAAAAAAUGUUCUCUUACAAGUCCAGCAAUAAACUCUCCAGUGUUGGGACAUAAAUUUGUGAUUAGGACUUUCCAUCAAUGAAAGGUUACACCCAUGUUAGCUCUUAUCUUCUACCGUCACAUGUCCUGGGGCCUGUACUAUGAAGCGGGAUUAACACACCCAGGAUAACUCUGCCACAACUCGCUCAACUUCAGAUCUCUGUAAUCCUGAUCAGCUGUACUACAAGGCAGGAUAUCAACUCGAUAACUUUAUUCAUUAUGGCCAGUCUAAACCUGUGCACACACAUGUAAAGGGGGCGGGGUCAGUGCCACCAGGCCAAUCUCCACAAUUGAGAAGGCUGCGUGUCAUAUUUUACAGCUGAGGAACAGAGCAUUCUUUUACGCUGAUACGAGGAGUACCACGACAUUAUAGCGGUGAGGAGCAGGACUGUUUCUGCUAAUGAUUCACAAGGAGAUUUUUCACUCUCCUCAUCUGAAGUUUAGGUCAGACAAAUCUCCUUUUAAAGGGCCAUGGUGCACCAACACUCUGCCCUCCAUCCUUGCAAGAAUCAGGACACCUUGACCUCUAGAUGUGAACACUUCAGAUGUGGGAGUAGGGAUUUGUGGGAGGAGCCAGGAUUUAAUUGAAAUUGGGUGCCUCAGAGAGCACUCAAGGUUAACAAACUGGCAGUAGAGAUGAGGCUUGAAAGUUUCUCAAGUAAAAAGACAACAUAUAUUCCAACUCACAUCCUGCCAAACACUGAGUGAAAGUGGGCUAAAUAGAUAUUUCAUUCUGGAUUGCUCAUUGAACGUAUUUUUGGUAGAUUUCUUUACCACAAACCUUCACCUCAGAGUAAACUCAAGGACACAAUUUUAUUUGAAAUGAAAGUGACGUUAAUAUUGAGAUAUUUGGAAACAAAAGUCGUUCCACUAAAAAAAAAUCCCUUUCUUUUGAAAAGACUGGUUCCUCUUCUGCUCCCACUUCAUAUUAGACACAAAAGACUGUAUUGCCAUUGUUAUUGUUUGGUUGUUCCUUGCUGAUACAAGUGCAUCUGUGCCAUCCCAUGAAUAUGCAGGACGUGAAAACUUAAAAACUAACAAACAAACAUCUGCUUUUCUCUUCAGUGUAUUCGUGACAGCAAAGGUAUUUCUCUGGACGUCCUGAAGAUGAUCGAGAAGAAUUCAGAGAUGGAGGAAUGGGUGCGGCCUGUAGACAACUCUCAUCCAAUUCUCAUAAAUCGACACAAUUACACUCAUAUCUACGUGGACAGUUCACACAGCAGGAGGGCGGAUCACCACCCAGUUCUGUUUCUGUCUCUACGUGAGUGAUAACACCAAUCUAAGUCAGGGAAGUGAUUACUUAAAAUAGUGAACUGUGCAUACGGGUCAGGGCGAUAACAUGAACAAGCCAGUUCCCUUUGACAAUUUUCCAUUCUGGGAGGAAAUGUCAUUCAAACAGGUUUUUACUUUAGCAAUGACAGUAAAAGAUCAUUUUAUGAGGAAGAAUCCAGCACCCAAUAAUAUCAGAUACUGGCACUGACAGGUCACUUUUAAUGACUUCAAAUAUCAGGAACAAAAUAUGUCCCUGUGAUAAAGACAAGGUGGAAACUGUCCCAUAGACAUGAAUUAGAUUGGUCUUGGACUUUUUCUUCUAUCAAAGACUGUAGGGCACUGACUUGGCUCAGCUGGUGGAGUGGGGGCUCCUAGUAUAGAGGCUGCAGUCCUUGUCACAGUGACCUGGGGUCCCAGUCCCAGCAUGAUUUGGCGUAUGUCAUUCCUUCCUCUCUCUUCCUCCCUGUGCUAUCAAAAUUAAGGAAAAAAACACCCCCCACACCCCUCUACACACUCACACAAAAAGGACGUAGCCUAGUUUGGUUUUGGUUUGAGGUUUGAGGUUUAUGGCCAUUCCUUGAAAACUAGAAGUGAAACAUGGUGAACAGCCUCCUGUGAACUGGAUUGAUAUUUUUUUAUCCAACAUCAAACAACUCUGUUGACUUUGGCUCUGUCGAGUACUAUGGCAGUUCAGAGAUCUUGAGUUGAACUACAUUUUAAGUUAUUUUAAAGCAUGACUCGUGAUGAUACAGCAUCCUCUGACUUGAUCCAAAUGAAAGAGGAAGAAACCACAUUUAAACAUCAUAGUCAGUGUCUAACCCUUGGGUGUCUGACUGAGCAUGAGACGUAACAAGCCAAGUUUGUACAGCUUUAUCACUGCUCAUACAGGAAUACACAGCCACCCACAGACCAGUGCUGAUAUGAUUUACAGUUAACUUCAUGUCAGUAGGAUUUGGGUUUGAGUUACUGUUACAGCGGCAUCACUGUCCCCAAAAACCCACUCCAACUGAAGAGCACCAACAUAGGCUUUGCUUGGUUGAUAAGAAUAUUUACAAAAACUAAUAUUUCUUUCAUAUUUUGGUUGUGAAAGUUUUGGCCAAAUUCUUACAAAACUUAAAAUUAAGACCAGGAAAUGAACUCUUAGACUUUGUGUAACUAUUUACCUGGUAGUACUCUUGCUUAACUUCAAUGGUGGAAGUCAACUGUGAGGUAAGAUGCAGCAUGGUUUCUCAAGUUUCAAAAAGGAUGUGGAUAGUUUGAACCAAAUAUAGCGUGCAGCAGAGUGUUGCUGCUCUUUUAUUGUGCUCUAUGGUAAUGGCUGCACCAAUUUAUCAUAUAACGGUUCUGCUUCUUUCGCCCGAAGACUGUUAAACCUGAAAUGAUAACCAUCUCGUACAGUAAGAUCAGCCAUAACAUUACAACCACUGACAGGUGAGGUGAUUAUUAUCUCUUCACGAUCUGACCUGACAGAUGCUGGGAUAUGUGAGACAGGAAGUGAAUAUUGUUUCCUUAAAGAUGAUGUGUUUGAAUGAGGAAAAGUGGGCUAAAGGAAGGAGGUGAGCAGCACUGACAAGGGCCAAAUUGUAAUGUGUUAGGAGGUCUCUGAAACUGCAGCUCUUACAGUUCCUGUUCUGCAGAGCUUAGACCAGAAGUGGUUCGAGGAAGAGAAAAAAACUAGUGAAACAGGUAUAGAGAUACAGUAGACCUUAGUUUGUUGUGUAUGGAGUUGUGCAGCUGCAGAUUUGUCAUGUUGAACCCCUUCUCCACCAAAAGUGCCUCAGAGCUGGACCAUAGAGCAAUGGAAGAAGAGGGUCUCGAAGAACUAGACAAGUUCAAGGUGUUGCCUUGGCCUCCAAAUCUCCCAAACCCUAGUCUAGUGUUACACCAGAUCUCAUCCAUGAGAUUCCGUCUCAGGGCUUUCUGGAUGACAUCUUGGCACACACCUUCAGCGUUCAAGAGAAAACUUGCCUUGCUGUUUUGGCUCCAACCUAAUGAGAGAGGGAGAUGGAAGAAAAGACUUAAGCAGCUGGUCAUGAGGUUAUGGCUGAUCAAAUAUGGAGGGUGAAGCUCUGCAAAAAGCACUUAACUAUUUACUUAAGGUGAGGUCCAAACAAGCUAAGAGGAAGAUAAUCUUAACUGUUGUUGAUUAACUAAUUGUUAAUCCAGACAUUUGCUGGAGGAGUCAUCUGAGGUGAGGAAACAUGAGGUGGGAAGGAGGGGGUGAAGUCUUGCUUAGACAGGUUUUGAGUCAUCCUCUGUCUCCUUUUCUCCUGAAACAGAUAAUGGAGGUAUUCAUAAGGUGAUGCAGAACCAGAGUGAGACUUUCAUCAUUGCUGAGUACCGUCCCUUUAACCACAGCGCCCACAAUCUCAGAGUCAUCCUAAACCCUGCGGACGUGAGUAACGGCACUCACCCACACAAAUAUUCCCCUGAAGAUACCGGAAAGUUCAUUCAUGAGUGAAUGCAAAUGUUUCACUGAGAAAUGUCUUUGUGCUGUCUCUUCUUGCAGAGGAAGCUGUAUGCUAACUCCAGAGGUGAACUGGUCCAAAUAGAUGUGUCAAACUGCGCUCAGUAUGGAAACCACUGUCAGGAAUGUGUGUUAGCCAGGGAUCCAUACUGCAGCUGGAAAUGGCCUCACUGCACCCCUGAGACACCGUAAGGCAACAUUCAACAUGUUUAUUUCUCUAUAGACUGUCAUAGAUGGACUCACCAUCACACACUCACAUGCUUGUAAUUAGGGUUGUUGCAAUAUGACAGUGUUGACGAUUAUGCUAGAAAUAAGAAUAUGGCCAUACUGUGAAUUCAUAGCAGUGGUCCUUCAUGCUGGUUUUCACACAUCAUCAGAGUCAGCGCAGAAAAACACUCUAUUAGGAAGCGAAGUUUCCACUGGUUGAAUAAAUGGAGGGGAAACAUCAUUUCUGGGACAAUAUUUCACUAAGCUUGGACUGUGUAGUCUUAACUGUAAAGACAAACCUUAUGUCUACAUGGUGUAAGAAAACACUGAAACAACUUUGGUUACACACCAGCCGGUUUCAACAUACUGUUGAGUGCAGACUUUACACCCUAAUUUAAGACACAAGUUAUACAGAGCAGGUGUAACAGACCUCCGCUCUGACACGUAAUCAUCUGGCUCCAAUAAAUGGUCACCAACUACAUGUUAAUAUACUAUAAUGUGAAGUACAGGUGAGCAUGAAUCAAUGUUCCCCCCAGCUUUCAGAGCUGUUUCUCAAACAUUGCAGCAGAACAUUGUGGCGUCCAAACUGAAAGCUCAUCGUUUCUCACGGUUUUUACUUGAACAAGCAGAAAUUUGAGGCAUGAUAAGGUCAUAUAUCAGCCUGCAGUUGCAUGCUUGGGUAAUUGUUGGCUGAGAGUAUGAGCUCAGCAGUCAUUCAGGUCAGUGAUGGUAAAGCUGGAGCAGUGACAGGAAACCAUACAGCUUAAAUAGACCGCCUAAUUGGGUUGUUUCGUUUGUCAUGUGUUUUUUAGAAUGCGGUGUGUCAAGUCAGGGCGUAGCUCCAGCUGUUUCAACACCACAAAAAUGUAGAAAGAUACUCUGAGACUUCUUUAAGGGAAUGACAGAGUUAACAUUUCCAACUGAUCCAAAAAACACAUUCAUGUAAGUUUGCAAAUUUGCUGGAAAAUCUUUUUUGAGAUGCAAACAAAAAAAGGAAUUCAUUCACAAUAAGUGAAAAACCCUUCAGGGUGCAAAUACCCAGGCAUGUUCAGUGUGUGCCAACUUCAGUCAUUGUUGCGGUAAAUGUUCCAGCAUUGUUUCAUCAGAUGUGUGGUGUAAUACCUACGAUUGCUGCAGCUGAUUCACUGCUAACUGCACCUGCUGGAGUGUCUUCACUUCUAAAAUGAAGCAAAGUUGAUGAUGGUGGUAGAAAUCAUAAAAUCAAAUAAUAAACAGAUAUUAAAUGAUGUCCUUUUUACAAUAUAACAACAACCCAUGAGAUGAUGUUUGAAAAGAUUCUCCAUUUUUCAAAUUAGGUCUUAGUGGAGGUCGGACAUAGUGGAGACAGCUGGAGAAAAUAACUGUGGGAGUAAUUCUUGUUUCCGUCAAUCUUUAAAUAUGUCCUUUUGAAAGUGGGACCGAAAAAGUGCAGAGAUAUGGAGAAAAAUGUAACAAAACAAAACAAAAAAAACACUACACUUUGUCUUUAAAGAAAUGCUUUAGUGUUGUCACAUUUUGAACACAACAGACUACUGUCUGAAAUCGGUCUCCAAAACCUGAAUUCCUCAAAGGAGUGAUCCCUCUCAUAUGACCUCUCUCCACAUGCCAGAGUUUGUACAAGAACUUGUUUGUUUGAUACUGAAGCGUGUGGUUGGUUUAUUUGAGCACAAAGCACGUGAAUGUCAUGAGUUUGGACUUACACUUCAACAUUAGAGGGACUCGCCUCACUCUGUGUGAUGUUAUUCUUCAACAGCUACAAGCAGAAUAAGAGUUUGAGAAUCUCAUCAUGAUUAGACAUAUCCUCUGACAUCUGUUUGUUUAGAGCUUUUUAUUUAUAGUUUUUUUAAGAUAGAGCACUGCUAACUCAUUAAGUACAGUAAAGGAAAAAAUCACAAAGCACAAGUGGCCAUGAAGUCUUGGAUUGGACUUUCAGAGCAACAAGAUUGCCUCAUAUAGAUCUGAUGCCACACAUGAGCUUGUAUUUAUCAUCGACAUAUAUCUGUGUAUGUAUGCACAAACACCCCUUUACAUACUGACACAUGCAUACACAUCUGUAGUUAAAGCAUUAAUAUGUAUUGAUUGGUCAUUCUUGAAAUAAUUUAGCCCAAACAUGCAACAUCUUCAACUACACUGAUGAGAAAAACAAUCAUAAAAAACUGAAAACCCCUUUGAAACGUUUUCUUCGUGAAAUUGGGUUUAAUGUUAAAAAAAAAAAAUCUUUCCACUUUGAUGCAUGCAUGCGUCUGUUUAAACUGUGACACUUUCCACUACAAAACCAAGCAGCUGUGGGCCACACACACCCCAGCCCCCUGAAAGAACACCUACCCACACAUUUCCUAUCACAUGGUUCACAACUUUGAUGUGUGGGGACACUCACUCAUACAUGGCAACAGAAAAACUUUAAUCAAACCCAUUUAACAUUUUAUUCAGUUGGAAAGAUACACACCAGUGGCGAUUGCUCUAAGACUGCAAGGGAAGCUCGGCUUCCCUUAAAAUGUCACCCCCCAAAAAAAAGAAAAAGUGGUGAAAUACGUACUGCUGUGUGUACAUUUCAUUAACUUAAUACGCACUAGAAAGCUUUCAUCUUUUGUUCAGACACUGUGAUAAGAAGCUGAUAAUUAUAGGUAACCGACAUAACUUCGUUCUCAUUCAUCCUCGCAGCGCCUCAGCGCUUUAAACAGCCGGACGCUGGGCUUCAGCUGACAUCAAUGUAGAAGCUAAAAGUGGGUUGUUCCAGCAGCGAAACUAGACGCUCAUUGGAUAAAUGCUGGGCUUUGUCCCGCCCAAUGGAAGCUAAGCUUCACUGGAGUUCUAUGGCGAGAGGGCGGUCCCGACUUUCUCCCGGACUGCAAGCUUCUGCAUCCAUGAUUGGAUGAGCUGUCUGAGGCGAAAUCCUUUUUUGAUUGACAGCUAAACAAGCGAAUCAGCGAUCUUGAAGAAUAAAACAUCUACCAGAGCAUUUUCCAAGUCAUUCAUUCCGUUGUUCUUAACUGCUCCGGAGACUUUACCGAUCCUCAGCGACUUCUGUCUUUAUUAAAAACGACUGCCGUUGUGUUUGGCGACUCUGUACUGUUACAUACUAAUAAACAAAUACAAUUAUGAUGUAGGCCAGAAAAAUGAGCUUCCCCUCAUUGAAAGACCAGCAGCCGCCACUGAUACACACACACACAUCCUGCCCCCCCACAUCCUGAGGGGGGAUGACUGAGUUGGCUGUGAGAGUCGGCUGAGGUCAGGUGCUCUUUGAAUCGGGGAUUUUCUUGCUUGAAGAGACCCUUUGUCUCAUCUUAGUUCUUAUUCUCACUGGAAUGGAUCCAUCUCUUUGAGAAAGCCCCAAAACUCAAAACCUGAAGAACAAGUAUCACUGCAUGCAGAUGAGAGGAGUCAUUGAUUAUUUUCAGUUUCAUUGGUUUGGCUGUUUGUUUUCUAAAUAAACAUGUGACCACCAGUGUUGGGAAACUAACCAAAAUUACUCAGAAAUACAAUGACGAGUUACUACAAUUACAAAAUAUCUCAAGUGUUGAGGUAUCUCAUUAUAUAAUAUGGGAAAAAUGUCUGUAAUAAUAUUCCUUUCAAACUAGUCUGUUUAGUCCAUCUUAUCAUCAUCCUUACACUGUUUGGAGUGAGUAGGGCCUCUUUGGUCUUACAAGCUAAGACGUUUGCAGCGCUUUACUCUCUACUACUAGCUUGACUUCUGGCUUAGUUGAGGGGUGUUGUUGGUCCACCUCCAAGACCAAUAGUUCCAACUCACAAAAUGCCUAAUCAGAGUUUACAUAGACGACCAUUUUUCAGCACUUUUAUUCUUGUCCUUAACCUAGAGGAUGGAAAAAUAAUGAGGGUAAUGACAAGACAGAUAUCUCAUUCCUGAAUGACCAUCUGCCGUUAGCUAUAUGUUUACAUACUUUUUCUCUAAGGAUGCUCCUGUGGUGAUAAUGGCAGAACUUUACAGCGUCAGCAUCAACUUUAGCAACAUUGUUGAAUUUAAAAAAGUAGCCAAAUACAAAAAGUCUGACAGACCCUCAACACAAACUAGGGUUAAUGGGUUAAUCAUUUGUCACCAAGGUGUUGAAAGGUGUUGAUGAAUCUGAUAGAGUCUCUUAUAGAGUGUGCAAACCCUUGUUGCCUGGUUUUUGUACUUAAGUGAAUCCGUGGGUCAUCUUGGUGAAACUCUAAAAACCACACACCUAGGGAAGUCACUCCUAAAAUCUAUCUCUUACACCAGUAAAGGGUUACACUUAAUAUGAACCCACCUCUUAAAUAAUGCUUCAUAAGCAUGUUAACAAAGCCGUACAAACAUAUCUAUGAGGUUGUUAUGAAUGUAUAAAUUAUAUUAUAUUAAAUGAUUUUUUCACUUUUGUCUCCUCGCUUUAGUGACACGCUGCAGGAUAUGACCGACUGUCCGGCUCUGUCACAGGUUCAUCGUCCCGGACUAGGUAUGUCACUCAUCGCUCAUACAAAGACAAACAUAUUUCUUAAAUCAAGUAAAGAACUUCUCUGUCAUCCAUUGGUCAAGAAGAGAACACAGGGCUGGUAAGCUUUAUUGUUUAGAUGUGGAUGUUUUCAGGUCCACCUCUUCUUGUUCAGGGUAGCAGGGUGACUCGGGCCAAUCCCAGCUGUCUUUGAGGCGGGGUACACCAGUCCAUCACAGGGCUGACUCGUACAGUCAAACAACUAUUUAUGAACUCAAGAUUUUUUAGUUUGACCAGUUAACCUGUUUAGCAUGUUUUUAGACUGAGGCAGGAAGCCUGAGUAGCUGGGAAAACCCAGGCAUGUAUAGGGAGAACAUGCAAACUCUACACAGAGAGGCCCCGGCUCACCAGGGGAUUCAAACCGGGAACUUUCCAGGAAACAAGGAACUGUAAAUCAACAGCUGUAACCACUAUACCUGAGUGCAACCUGUGUUUUCAGGUGUUAGCUUAAAAAUAAUGACUCUGUGACUGUGAGGUUAAAUGUGAUCACCCUGAGCAGCAGCUUUGUAAGCAGUCACAGCAGGUGACUCAAAGAUGACAGGAAUGUUAAAUCUAUGUGGCCUAAAUGAUGCUGUUAAAAAAAGAUCCUCCCAGUUCCUCAAAGUUGUCAGCUUGUUGCAGUAACCCUUCAAAAUGUCAUCAUUGUCAUCAUUGUCACCCCGAUGCUCCUGUGUGAGACUGUAAAUAGCUGGAGAGGAUGUUUCAUCAUCAUCAUGAUUUCCUCUUCCUGAUCUGAUAAUCAAAUUCUGUUUACUUCACCACAAAGACAGGUCUGUGUGGAGGAAAAAAAUAGUUUAAACAGUCAGAGUUACACUGUAGGCAGGAUAAAAACAAAGAAACACCGUAAGCUUUACUGGAAACAUGCAAAUAUGUAAAGGAUAAUUACAGUGUAAUGAGCAAGGUGAUUAAAAUGAACACUGACGAGAUAAACAGGAUCUCAAGCUUUAAAUACCUGACCUGUUAUAUAAAUAAACCAGAGUGUAAAGCUCUUCAACUCUCUUUACCACCAGCCUCUAUUAUUUCUUUUUCAAUCAUUUCGCCUUGAACACCCUGAAUCCUUUUCUCUGUUCUGAAGUGUUCAGUCUACAGAAGUUAGCUCGUCUUGAUGGUCAGGUAUUUGUCAAUCGUGAGUGUAAUACCCACAGAGCAGCCCUGUCAGCUCGGCCCUUGUGUUGAAAGAGUGGCCACAGAAUGGAAGUUAAGCCACUGACCACUAAAAACAGAGUUCGCUCUAACACUUUGGUUAACUUAUUCCAAGAAACUCUGAAAUAAACACUAGCUCUGCUCUAUUUUGACCCUUUUUUAACACUUUAACUUUGCGGUCAGUAAGCUUCCUCUUUUAGCUCCUAUUGUUGGACAUGACACAUACCCUCCUCUGCUCACAGUGCUCUGUACAAGUCACUAAUGCAAGUUUGAUAGUUUUGCUUCUUAGUUUACACUAACACGGUGAUAACUGUAGAGUUUACUUUAGCUCAGUCUUUUGUUGAACAGUGUGUGUUGGAAUCAUUCAGAAGUAAAUUUGUUGGUUUUGUUGGCCAAAAAGAAUACCUGAUUUAACGUAGUAUGAGCCAGAAUCAUAUGACAGAUCAAGGUAAAUGUCAUAUUUUAAGGUAAUAAAGGCAAAAACGAAGGACUUUAGUGUUUGUGAUAGGUAAAAGUAGAAUAAACUUCUUCUUUUCUUCUUCUUCUUCUACUUCUCCUCCUCCUCCACCUCCUCCUCCUCCUAAUCUCUUCUUUUCCAUCUUUUAUCAGUAGCUGAGUUAACCAGAAUUCUCUGGGCGUUGAUAUUACGGCCAGACCCUUAUCGCCUGAGGUCCACUCUUCAGAGUAAUGAUGACCUUUGAUAAAAUAGAGACUAUUUCUUUGAAAUGAUGCUUGGUGGUGACCAAACAGGAUCAAGUUCUUAUCAUAGCUGUGUAAUAAGCUAAUAUAUUAAUACAUCCUCUUUUGCACCCAGAAUAAAUGACUCAAGUCUUCAAGCUGAAUCAGGACCCUGCUGACUCAGUGUGUUCAUACAUCUUUUUAAAGAUGUCUCUGUGACCUCAGUGAAGGAUCUGGGCAGAUCUGACUCUUGCUCUCGUAUCUUCACACAGUGAUAAAAUGACUCAACCAUUUCUUAGAAGCCUACGCUAUCUUUCUCAACUUGCAGAUUUUUUUUCUUGUUCAUUUCAUAACUAACACAAGUACCUCCCCUGGUAUUUGGCCGUGUUGUUCAAUGUCACUCUGUAGUUUUUACUUCUCAAACAAUGACCUGUGUUUCAGAACUUAUACUUUUCACCCCCAUAUAUUUUUGAUCAUAAAAAUCCUAAUUUUUAAGUUUUAAUUCAGGGGAAACUGUCUCCCAUCAUGCUUUGACAAAUUUCUCACUAGUGCCAGACCUUUCCUAGAGAUCCUGGCUUGUGGCGGAUACAGGUACCUCGCUAAGAAGUCUGUCAUGCUCUACAUAGAAAAAGAAACCUGUCUUAAAUACAGGUUAGGUAAAUAGAACAGAAUAAACAUGAACUGUCACGCUAAACAGAGCUUUUGUGUUCUUUUCUCGUUGUUUGAAUAUUUAGGUGAGUCAGGUACACGCAAAGUUGUCCCUCUUCGCCUCAAGUCCAAGUAUUUCCUGCAGUGCCCGGUGUCGUCACUUCAUGCAAAGUACUCCUGGGUUCACCGUGGGGACUCCUCACCCUGCAACCUGAAGGACCUUCAGUGUGUUCAUCUGAUCCACAGCAUGAGUGCAGAGAAGGAGGGAACCUAUGAAUGUGUGUCAGAGGAGGACGGGUACAAGAAGGUGGUGGCGCAGUACCAGCUUAGGCUGGAGAACAGAGCAGCAAGUCAUUCAUCAGCUGCACUGGUGUGGGUUUGUUUGCUGACUGUCCUGCUAGCAUCGAGUAAAUAACAAACAACCACAGAGAUUAAAGAGGAAAAUGGUGACAUGUUGACCCACCUCACAUUGUCUGCAGUUUAACAGUAGACCUGGCUGAAACAUGAGGACUCGAAAAUUCACUGUGUCCAGCAGUUUGCAUUUGUUUAUACACACAUUUUUGUGUAGGUUUCUUUCGUAGGCUGUAUAUAGAAUGGACACUGUCUGCCUUCUCCCUGGGUGAAGCCUUUGUGAGAACAGCACCCUCUGGUGACAGGCUUCAGUAUAGGUCAUGAAUCCCACCUCCUCCAGCAAAAAUAAAUAAAAGCUGUGAAUAAACCUUAUAAGUUUAUUACACAGAAUAUAAAAUUUUCUUUUUUUCAUUACAGCUCCAUUUUUUAAAGUUUUUAGGGGGUUCAUGUUUUCUAUGAUUGACACCUGAUACAGCCUAUGGGAUUGUGUGGCUCAUCUGGGGGAUACGCUGUUUGAGCAGAGCGUCAUCACAGCAACUCUCCUGCUGAUUGUGUAGAACGCUAUUGUGCAUUUGGUGGUUCCAGGAAAUGGAGAAAAUCCCAGAAAUACUGAGAGCAUUUUGGCUUCAAAUUCAUAUACUGGUGGAAGGCAGAGCCAAGUUGUCCAUAGUAUAUACAGUCUAUGGUUUCUUUCUACAAACAUCAUAUUUGACUGAUUAUAGAAAUCAAUCAUUUUUUUAAUGGAUUGCUUAAAUGAACUUCUGCAUGUACUUUUACCAUGUAAUAUUUUAUUUUUUUUGUAAUUGUACUCAGUAUAAUUCUGUUAUCAUGCCAGCUUAGUGAAAGAUUUGCAAAAACUAGGUCCCCUGAUAAAUAUGCCACUCGCAGAUUGAAGAGAAGACGUCGGAUUUAAGAUGCAUUUACAGAAAAUUGUCACUACAAUCAGUGUAGACAGAUUGUAGUUGUGUGUAGAAGGGUUGUCACAAACCCAGAGACUUUUAACAGUCUAGACUCUCACUUAUUUUUUAUUAUCAGUCUUUUGAUGUUUCUUGUAAUGUGAAACUUUCAGUACAGAGGUGACAGGUGCCUCAGGCUGUUAUUUUGUAUCUUGAAUACUACCUCAAAACUGCAGAGCAUGGUCACUUCACAGUUUUUAUAUGUGUGAAAGGGAAGUUGUUCAUACUAUGACAAAGUGGCAGUGUAAAGGUGUCAUAAAUGUUCAGCUGACCUGCACUUUUUUUUUACCCACAUCUAUUUAUGCCAGAAAGUGCAAACCAGUGUAAGACUUUGUGACACUUAAAGUGUCUCUACAGCUCAUGUUUGCCACAGUAGAUCUGUAAAGUUUGGUCAAAAAUUUCAUCGUAUAAGAAAGAAGGUCUCACUUUUUUCUCAAGCACCUUAAGUUUAGAGUUUCAGCACUUUACAUUUUGUUCAAACAUGUUUGAAGAAUUAGCACGAUGGGCGAAGGGCAAACACAUUUUACCCAUAUCAUCAGAUAUCAGAUGUUAACUUAUGUGUGACGUGUGUAAAUAAAUCACAGGAUUAAGGUCUGUUGCCCUGUUUGACCUCAGGCUUGGUUGUUGCAGCUAAUCUGCUGUUUUAGAUAGAUUUGUUGUUUCUGAGUGUAUGAAUUCUAAGUUUCAUCGUAGGUGAAUGUAGCUUUUUAUAAUCAGAUAUUCUACAUGUGAGUUUCUGUUGAAGAUGUUGCUGUUUACAUUGUCUGUUUGUUCAUAUUUAACUUUUUGUAACAUCAUAUCUAACUAACAAAGCUGUGAGUGACAGUGUCUCUGCUUCCAUGUUCAUGCAGCUCUGUUAAGACUGAAUGCUCCUGCACAGAGCUGGCAUCCAUGAUUUUGAGUUGAUUCUGUUGAUACACAGAGUGGUCUGGUGAUUUUGAAGUGGGUUUCUGUGAGGUAUUUGUCAAUAGUGAAUGUAAUAUCCAUAUGUUGAAAGAGCAGCUCCAGUACAAAAGCUAUCAAGCCAUUUUCCACAAGACUUUCCUGAUUUACCUUUUGAAAAUUAAAGGUCAGUGUAACAGCUACGCUCAGUAAAACAGGACUCAUUUGGACUCCUGCCUCAUGUGAGCUGCCGUUAUCCUGAUUCAGAAAAUGAGUUAAAAUUAGUUUAAUUACAUGGUGGAGUAGAGGUGGUCUGCAGCAGCUGAUCUCCAGCUUCUGUUCCAGCUUUGAGCUGACUGGGAUCCCUGAGUGGUCAAUACAUGUAAUACUGACAAAUACCUCACACAGCCCCACCUUAACAAAAUAAUUAAGUCAUGAAGGAAUUAACAGUUUCUAAUGUCUCUUUUUUGUUGAAUGUUUAACCUUUAUUCUGUGCAAAUACUGUUUAUUUUAAAGUUUAAAUAUAUUUUUGUACUUUUAGAUCCUUAUUUGUAUGUGUUUGUUCAUGCGUGUUGUUCCUCUUUUUUUAUAAAUGCAAAUCCACUUCCUUCCUCCAGUUUACUGUAAAUGUCACUCUACCGGAUCCUGUCUUUAAACCUGAGUGAACCGGCUCUAAAAUAAUCACAGUCCAGGACCAGAGGAAGAAAGAGUCCAAAACUUAUUUACAGUCACUGUGAUGAAAGUGUUUUCAAGUGGGAGUAAUAUUACUGGUCUGUGGAUAAAGUAGUAAUCAUUCAGUGUUGUGGCUCACUGUCCACCUGACACUGACAUUAACGUAUCAUUUAGCAGAUGCUUUGAACAAAAGCCUUUGCUAAAUGACAGGUUAAAAGUGCUCUCUGGGUUUAAAGUCUCACUGAAUUUGGUAGAAGUUGUAGAAAACACCAGCAAGCCCCAGUCUGGCCUGUACUUUUUGUGAUUCAGUGUAAAAACACAGACAAGCCUGACAGGAAAAAAUAUCCUCCAGUCACAUUGUGAAAUUUCCUGGACACGAGUGAUAGCCUGCUGAUCAUCAUUGUGAUAGAGGGGGACCUUCCAAAUUUAGAACAUAAAACGAAACAACUCAACCCAUAGUGAACUAGCUGUGGACAAUGUGCUUGGGGAAUAACCAAAGGAUUGGACUUUUUUUGGCUGUCAGGGACACAGAAGAACCCGAGACAGAAACCAGCCUUGACUCGAGUGUUUCUUUUUCUGUCUCACUUAAAGGGAUGUGAAAAUGCUCCACCAGGCGUCUAAUCUGUUGUAUGUGCACAAGAUAAAAAGCAGGGGUGGUGAAUCAAAUGUUUUCCUAUUGGCUCAUGACACUUAAAAAAGAAUGAAUAAAAGACACAGGAGGAAAUUAGAUAUAAAGUAAAACUUUAUCAUGACAUACAAGUUUAAAGCCCUGAGAACCAUAUCUUUAUAUUACUAAUAUGAACAAAACUGAAUGUGUGAAAACCACUUUGGAAAAGUGCUCCUCUUAAAUACAAUCAGCACAAACCAGUUUUUACAAGCAUUCAUGUGUUUUGUCCAUUUUUUUUUUGUUUGCUUUAAUCAAAGAGAAAACUAUAAUAUCAGUAAUAUCAUUAUUAUCAUGUCCAUAAUAAUAAUAACAGUACAAAAAUAUGCACAAACCCCACAGUUGAAUUAAUAUACGGAGCAUUGUACAAGCCAAAAACAACAACAUAAAAUUGAUAAAUGAGGUAUUCGAUAACCACUUGCAUAUGCGCCUGUUUUUACACAGAUCAGGUUAGUUUUUUUUUUUUUUUUUAAACAAUUUAAAACUGAAUUAACUCCAAAAUCAUCUGAGAGACAAAAGGUUCUGCAGAAUUCCAACUUCACAGCUUCCUGAGUGACGAGACCUGCAGUUACUGACGACAAAAAUACAACACCAGAACCAAAGAAGCAUUCAGCCAAGUGACCGCAGCUUCGGUCAGUGCUCGUCCCUCAAUGAUGCUUCAACAUCCAACAUCGCAACAGUGACUGCAGCCCACUGCCCUGAGGUAUUGUGGUAUGACGAGGUAGGGGCGGUCUCUAAAACACACACACACAUGCACGCAUCACGUAUACUCAUCCAUACAGCAGGUCAGGUGGCUGAAAAAUGGAGGUCAGAAAGGAAAGCAGAGGGCUGCUGGUUUGGAGCACAGAUAUUAGAGUGAAUGACACCUGUGAUGUUUUAGAGUCCUACUGAAAAAUGAGCAACAAAGUGCCCUGAAACAACAGAAAACAGAUGAUUUGACUGGGAAAUUCCCAGUUUACAAAUGGAGAGGAAAAGGUAUAAAAUUGUGGAAAUGUCCCAAAAACUUGUGUUUGAUCAAAAACCUCCUUGUCCAUGAAGUGGCCUUGAUGUUUGGCGCCACCUACAGUUUUCUUAAUGUUUGUACAAGUACCACAGGUCAAAAACCUGCUGCAACACAGUGACUUAACCUGCUCACACACACACACAGUCAUUCAUACACACACACACUCAUGCACACACGCACAAAUACAAAGGCAGUGAAGCUUCACUAUCAAACAGUCAUUGCUAAACAGAUGAAACAGAAAGCUUGGACUUGGAAACAACAAAGUGCUUUAGUAACACGGCCUAACUGAUUAAGCUCCACUGUUACUAAAACAAGGUCCACCAGGAGAAAAAAUAAACAAAGAAAUAAAUAGUAAAAGUCAGUUGUCAACAGCAUGAAAAACAACUGAAGCCUAAGGUCUGAUUGAACUGCUCACCAAAAGAAAAGUGAUUACUCUCCAAAGGAUUAAGCUUGAAGACUUUUCCCAACCGGCGCAGUCAUGAAACCUGCACUGGCCGGAUCUCACCAGCAACUACUUUAAGGCAGCUUCUACAGUUCUCACCUUUAUAAAAUACAGUUAUGUGUCAUACAGGGUCGUGAAGGGGUCACCUGAAGAACUUGUGGCUCCGUCCUCAAAGUCCUCAAACCCUCAAACCGUGAUCUGCACUGCAAAGCGUCUGCAAAACCUGACACGUAAUGGCUAAAACACAGUCUAACAGAAGCAUCAAGGCUGCCCACCGGGGAUAAAUCUGGGCUUUGGGAGGUUUCUAAACAGUUUCAAAUGCCUCACAUUCAACACACAUAAAGCUAGAAAAUUCUUUUUAAACCUUUGCGGUAUUUCAAAAAUGCUAAAAAAUUAAAGGGAAAAGGAUGCCUUACAAUUUGAGGGUUGACCAAUCUGUUUGAGUCGAGGCCACGCUUAUAAAGCCUCAGUCCUUAGUGGCUAAAAGAGUCUAUGUGUUAGAUAAAAACCCAAUCAAACGGCCACUAAACAGACAGGAUUCAAUGAGGUGAGAGCUCAUCCGCACUGCUGUUCUGGAUAUCCACUUAAAUAUCUGCUCACAAAGAUGUCUGUACAAGUUUUGGAAUCAGAUUUUCGCUUUGAGAUCCAGUUUCAAAUUUACUCAACUUUUCAAAGUCAUGCCAUACAUGAUGAAACAAGGGAAAUUUACUCAUCUAAAGAUAUUCUCACUUGCUUUAAGAAAAAAACUCAAAAUUAUAUUAAAUGUCAUUAGAUGUUUUUUUUUUUUCUUUUUCUUUUUUUUCUUUUUUUGCAGUCCACAUUAGACGAUGAACUGCCUUGCUGUGCACCACAGCGGGUUUCGGGCAGGAUUGUACGAGGGAUCAAUCAGGAGGAGCGACCUGGCUAGUCUUUGGUUUCUAGCUGUGCAAUAACCAGCAGAUUAAGGUGUUCAGACACUGGUCACAUGAUUGUACACAUGCAUAUAAUUUCGCAGCUGUCAUGAAAGAAGAUGCGUUCGCUGCGAUUUACGUACUCGCAGUCAAACAUAAGGUUUAUGUGGUCGUUUUUUUAAUUUUUAUUUUGACUCCUGCAACCUUGAAACCUGUUCACAAUCCGAAAAAAAUCUACACGAGUCAGUGAGGAACCGACUAUUUUUUUUGACUCUUCCCUGAAAAAUAAAAUGCAGAUAUAUAUCACUCUUCUCAGACAACAACUUGAGGAACCAAAAAUAAAAGAAAAGAGAAAACGGAAGCAAGCAUAAAACACGUUCUACAAGUAAAUAUGGGAGGAGAGAGAGAUAAAGAGAGAGAAGGAGAGGGAACAAGCCCAUCCUAGUUGGGUUUGUCCCCCUUAAAACCACCAGCACUGUGUCGGUACGAUCGUGUUCAGUUCCAGUUCAGGGAGGAGUUCCACUGCGGGUCGGGGGCGUCAAGUCUCGAUGGCUUUGCAGCCACAUGAGGUAUGUAGUUCAGCUCUCCUUUAGGAAAAGCCUGAUGAGGUACUCUUGAAAAAGUCAAGUCGACUUGUGCAUUCUUCAGGUAUGACUCCUUUUUUUUCUCUUUCCUUUAAAUGAACAGUGAUUCUUGUUGCAGCCGUUGUGUUGUUUCCUGAGAGUUUAAGAGAGACGCCCCCCUGAAGCAGAGGGGCCCGUACGAGGUCUGAGAACUAUGCAAUGACGAUGACGCCGCCAGGUUGACGUGAUUCCGCGCCUGAUUCUGCACUACCUCCAACUUUGUGCGCUACAUGUGAACGGACAGGUUGUGCGGACCAGCAAUAAGUUAAAUUCGUGAGGACUUGACAUCCUGUGCAUUUACUAAUGAGAGUAUGUAGAGAUCACGUCCACAUCAGGAGGUUUGAGUACAUCGAUAAACCUCCUAUCUCCUCAGUGGGUUUCGUGUGAUCUGAUCUGAGGAUGUUGUUAUGAAAUCAGGGAUUUUUUUUUUUUUAUGCUGAUCUACAGCAUCUGCUCAUUCACCAGCUUGAGUUCAGUGAAAGUCUACUGCGUGUUAAAGCCAGGCCUGGGUCAGAGGCCUUUCACUACCAGGUGGGUGCUCUGUACAUGAGGUUCCAUUGAUGAGAGUUACCCGACUUCCCCUGAUUGCAACUAGGUCAAAAAGAAUACAAAAAUAAAGUUGAUUCAGGUUAAAUAUACUACAGCUCCUGAGGUAAAGACACCACUGCAGGUUACUUGAUUUGAGGUAUGUAAAAAGAGAAAACUAAAAAUAAAAUCAUUCUAAAACACAAAAUCAAAAAAAGACAACAAAAUGGCAACAAACAAACAAAAUGUCCUAAGAUAAAACUUUUCAAGUUCAGUUGUGACUACACCUGUCAGUGGGUUUUGGCUGAGCUGAUUGUGUUUAGCAUGUUCAUAAUAAUUAAUAAGUGUCUGUUUGUGUAGAUUGUUUCUCUGUAUAGGUGUAACUGUGUGUGAGUGUGUGUGUUUGUAGUGUAGCGUGAGUGUGUCUGUAUGUUGAAUAAAUGCAUAGCUGUGCGUUUGGGCACAUGUUGUCGUAUAAUAUUCUCGGGCUCUGUGUUCAUGAUUGGACAGCCAAGAGGUUGACAGGGUUGAUGAGGUAUUUGUUGUGCAACAGUUUGUUAUUCUUUGCGGUUUCUCAUUGUACUGUAUCUUCUUGCUGGGCCGCCUAGUGGAAGAGGGGCCUGAGGAGCAGGUACAGAGGGCAGCCUGAGUUAGGGGGACCCGCUGGGGGCCGGCUCAGUCGAGCUUGGACCCUUAGAGGAGGAGGAGGACGAGGGGCUGAGGGUCUGAGCCAAGGGUGCAGAGAAACCAAAGCUAGUGCUGGUUCCAGCAGGGGAGGCUGAGGCAGCAGCAGCCGACACAGAGGGCCCCGGGGCCCCUCCGGACUUCUGGGCAAACAGGGUUCCUGUAAGAGGAUUGGAAAUUAUUAACAUGGAGGAUUCAAGACAGAAAGGGUUUAGGUAUAAAAAGCACUUAUAUAAGUUGACAGACAUAACCAUAGAUAGCAGAGGUCAAAGAUCAGGAACUAUAUUUACAGUCCUCUAGAUUUGGAAAUUACCGCCAGCUGAGCAACAGGCGGCUGUGGGACACUUCUUUUUUUUUUAGACCUAAUUUCAACGUCUAGAUUCUGUUUAUUUUCAGAUGGAAUUCAGACGUUGCACUUUAACCCAUUAUUCGAUAACUAUUUAUUUCAAAAUGCAACAGUGAGUUAAAUAACUGAUCUCCAAGAACUUAACCAAAGUAAUUAUGAUAGCUGCUGAGCAAUAUACAGUGUAGUAUAGACACAGCCCAGAUUUAGACUUGGUCUAAACUAUGUCUAAAUUUAGACGUCUACAAAAUUUUAAUUUUUAGACCUGUGGUAGCCUGACUUUAGACCAGUUGUCUAGGCUACAUUUAGACGUCUUUUAGACCUUUUUUAGACCAAAAAUGCUCAGUGGGCAUAAAGUCUGAAAUAGACACUGCACUGGAUUAUGGGAUAAAGUCUGUUUUCAGGGCUAUUACAUACCACUCACUGGACAUUACUCCAAGUGAAAAUAGUUUGUUACUCUCAUGGUUGGAGCUGUAUCACAGUAAAGUUAACUCUGUGGCCUUUUUAAAUCAGAAAACUUGGCUGUUAUUUCUCACAUUAAACUUGAUAUAAACACACUAGCCUUUUCUACAAAAUGACCGAUCAGAACUGAGUGUUAACACAGCUGUGAAAAAAAGGCUGUUUACAAACCUGAGUAGAUUGUGCCAUUGACCUCCACUGAGACAGUGAUGCUGGCAUUUCCAUUGGUAGAGAUGCUCAGAGACAUGUCCUGCUGUUUCUCUUCUGAGGAAAAAAACAGAUUUACAUCAUUUAUUUUGAAAGGCUUACUCAGAAAAGUGAAACUCUUCGAUCACUGUCCUUUCCAUCGUUUCAUAUCCACUAGAGGUUACUUAAGAGAAAGUAUGAGUCAAAGUGUUUAUCAAGAAACCAGAAUGGACAUAUAGAACAAGCAGGUGGGUGUUGGUUCAUAAGUUUAUGUAACAAACUUUUUAAAGAACAACUUUCCCAACUCUAAGUUCCUGUUUUGAUUCUACAGAAAUGUACCAUAUUUGCAUCAUUUCCAGUUUCUUUCCACAGAAUUCAGUGUGUGUAGGUGGAAGGGUCAGGUUUUAUUGUUGUUUUUAGUCUCUGUGAGGCACUUUGAAUUACAUUCUUGUAUGAAAAGUACCAUAUACAUAAAGUUGAAUUUGAAUACAGAUGAGCAGCACUGACCUCUGGUGGUGAUGGUGGGGGCUCCAAGGCGGAGGUUCAUUGGCAUUUGGGAGGCCAUAGCCAGCAGAUUAUGUUGGAAAGCCUGUUGCAUCAGGCGCUGCUGCUCCUCUGCCAGACGAGCCAUCUUCCUCUCUGGUCCCUCUACACCGGUCUCAAGUUUUUCCCUCAGCUGCUCAAGAGUGGCGGCUCUGGCCAAACCAGCAACUUGCUGCUGACCCAGGGCAAGUGCCAUAGAGGGUCUGGCUGCCAUGAUGGAGGGGGUCAGGUCAUCUGGAAGAGAGAUGAAUGGAGGGUAUGUUUUAUCUAUUCAGCUGGAUUCAUUAUCAACACAGUCGAAAUAUAAAUUCCAGAAUUAUAACCAUUUAUAUGGUUGCCCAUGCUUUGCCUACUUUACAGGAGACUCUCAAAGUACAGUUCAGAUAAGAAUACCAAGGAGACAGAGCCGGCUGGUUUAAUUUAAUCAAUCUAAUUUUUUCAUUAAAUAUGGCUGAGGUGCAAACUAGAGUAAAAGACAGUCAGCAAGUUUUAAAAAGUGAAUGAAGUCACUCUGUCCUCACAAUUGAUGCAGUAUGAAUCCACAAGGGUCUGGCAGAGAACCCCUCAGCACCACAACAAUUACUUUAAGUACUCAUUCUUAUAUGGCAAGCUCUCCAGUUUUAAGUUAUGAAGGGGUCUAUUAAUCCGCAAUGGCUACAGAUGCAGAGAACUUGGCCAAGACUUACAUGAAUUUCCCUUCAGGGAUCAAUAAAGUUCUUAGAGACAGAGUCAGCAACAAAUACAGGACUUUUUUGUACCCUAGGCUUUUUGUUCAUUCUUGUCUAAAUAUUUCAGAAAUGGAAAAUCUUAUUGGAUGGGUCGCUUUAUUGGGGCUUAUCAUUUAUAUCUCGACCACAACACUAUUAUUGUCUAGAUGUCACAAGACUGUGGGAUUAAACUGCUUGAUAAACUUUAAACAUUCCAGUUUUUAUUAAAUCUUUGCUUCAGGCAUUUAAACAAAGUUUUGUUUUGAAAUUUGCAUUAUUACAAAUUCAAAACUUUUACUGUCAACACACAUUGGUCCAAAAUGUUGGUUCUUUACAACAGUGACUGGUCUCAUGAACUACUAAUACUCAGUAUCUGCCCUGUAAAACCAGUUUAAAUCGAACCCUAAUAUCAGUAUUUCAAAUGGGCAAUCAGCCAACAAACUGUUUAAUGAUCUACAGUUUAAAAAACAGUAUUAGUUGACCAUUCAGAAUAUGAAAAGAAAUUAUAAAAAUAUCUAUACGACAAAAAAAAAACAAGGUUAUGGAAGGUUAAGGGAAUAUUUUCAGGGCUCGAAAAGCUCAGAGGUGGAUUUCACAUAGAUUUCAGUAGGAAUUACAAUUCGAACAAAAUAAUUUCUUUAAACUAUAAACUAAUUUAAAAUCACCAAAAGAGUAUGAAAUAUACUCUUUACUUAGUGUCAGUCAGUGGUUCUCAAGUCCAGUCCUUGAGGCCCACUGUCCUGCAUGUUUUGGAUGUUUCCCUGCUCCAACACACCUGAUUCAAAUGAUCAGCUCGUUAUCAAGCUCUGUAAUGGCUUGAUAACGAGAUAAUCAUUUGAAUCAGGUGGGCCUCGAGGACUGGACUUGAGAACCACUGGUCUAGGUUGUAUAAAGAUUAAACCAUUAUUCAAUGAGCCCCGCUGUGAUCUUCUUGUAAAUACCAUUCUGGUCCCAGUCUUCCCAGAAUCCCACCACUGAUUUCAAUAAACACAAAUCAGAGCUGGUUUCUGGUAUGCAAAGCACUCACACAUCAAAAGUGACAGACUGGGUCAGUCCAACCAUGUGCUAUCCUAUACUACCACAUAAACACACUGACAGGUAAAGUACUGCACAUUACACGCACACACUCAAAACCAUGAACACUCUCAGAGUCCACGGCGGAGUCACAUUCCAGUCAAGUCAAAGUGACAUCAGAUAAGACAGAGGCGUAAUGACAGUUAUCAACAGGAUCCCACUGAUGUGGUCUGAGGCUUCAAAGUUCAUAAAGAGACCCCCGGCGUGGGAACCGUGUUAUUAAUCAGUAGUAAAGGUGAGGGCUCUCUGCUGCCUGAGGCUAAAGAGGUUCACACAUGGACUCCUAAACACCUGGAUGGACCUGACACAUACACACUAGCAAUAACAAAGUCAUAUAAAAACACUUAAAAGUACACACACACACACUGAUGGCGGGAAAACCACGGCAUGUUGGAGGAUUGUAAGACAAGGUAUCAGUGCAAAUGCAUUAUUUCUACAUUUUUGCAAGAGAUUUAAAAAUACGUUAAAUUUUAAUUAUGCAUAAAUUUUAAAACACACCCUAAGGUCACUUGAACUGAAGCAUUAUUGGCAUGAGCAGUCUUGCUCUUGUUUAUCCAUUGCUGUUGCUAAGUGCAGUUUUCCUGACUGGUGACAGG